GUGAGUGCUGCCGCCCUAGUCGUCACCCCUGCCGCCGCCCCCGCCCCCGCCGCCGCCGCCCGAAGAAGUCAGCCCUGACCCUCCGGUCGGCCGGGAAGAUGGGAGAUGGUGCCACAAAGCAUGUCAUCCAGAUGACAGGAUUUAAGAUGGAAGAAAAGGAAGCUCUAGUCAAGUUACUUUUAAAACUAGAUUGCACUUUUAUUAAGAGUGAGAAAUAUAAAAAUUGUACACACCUUAUAGCUGAACGCCUGUGCAAGAGUGAAAAAUUUUUAGCAGCUUGUGCAGCAGGAAAAUGGGUAUUAACGAAGGACUACAUAAUUCAUAGUGCCAAAAGUGGCAGAUGGCUUGAUGAAACAACUUAUGAAUGGGGAUAUAAAAUUGAAAAAGAUUCACAUUAUUCACCUCAAAUGCAAUCUGCACCUAAAAGAUGGCGUGAAGAACUGAAACGGACUGGUGCUCCAGGAGCUUUCCACAGAUGGAAAGUUGUCCUCCUUGUGAGGGCAGAUAAGCGAAGUGAUUCUCUUGUAAGAGUUUUGGAGGCUGGAAAGGCAAAUGUCAUUUUACCAAAAAGUUCUCCAAGUGGGAUAACUCAUGUGAUUGCCAGUAAUGCAAGAAUCAGUGCUGAGCAAGAACAAAAGAACUUUAAGGCUCCGUUUUAUCCAAUUCAGUAUUUAGGGGAUUUUCUUUUAGAGAAAGAAAUUCAGAAUGAUGAAGAUUCCCAAACUAGUUCUGGUUGGACCAAAUACAGCAAUCAAGAAAAAAGCAAAGAUCUUAAGAAAGACACAGGAUUUCUUGAAAUGAAAGCUGCUGGAGACAGAAGGAUGUAUAGAACCCAGAACAAAAUGGAAAAUCGUGAUGAAAAUGUUAAUGAUAGAUUUGCUCUGAGUCAACAUCACAAAAAAGAAAAAUUCAGAGACUACAGAAAAGAUAUGAAAUUUGUUAAAAAGAGAAAUACAUUCAGAAGACAUACACAUGAGAAUCAGAAAGAAACUAAGAAAAAAGUUAAAAAUAUCCAAAGGACUUACAUUUUGAGGAAAAAGAACAAAAAAGAAGGUUAUUGCAAAACUGAUGAUGAGCAUGACACACUUAGAAGUCCUUUUCAAAAGCACGUGCAUGGCAGAGAUGAGAAAGAAAGGAAGAGUUCUCUUCUUACUGAUUAUGCCAAUGAAUCAAAAACCAAGGAUGUCAAGACAAAUGUGGAUCUCACGGAAGUAAAAAAUGCCUUAAAGAAGCAGAUAUACAGAGACAUAUAUAGAGCUCAGGCUGUUCGAUACAACUGCAUCACAGUAGAUAAACAGCCUGUAUACAAUGUAGAGGUUAAAAAUGCAGAGCUCCCCAGAGGGAUAUUAAACUUAAUUGAAAGCCUCAUAGAGGGACAGUUCUUUAAAGAAGCCAUUGAAGAGCUUUCCUCUUUGCAAGCCCAUUAUGUCCCUCCUGUGUGCCUCCUCCAUGCCCUUCUAGAGAAUGUUCUGCAGGAUAGCAUAGACACCUUCUCAGGUCGGUACUUUCAUAUAUUGUCGGCUCUUCUCCAUCUGCACCCUCCUUGGAAGUCGCCAGCCAUGCUGAGGUACUACCUAGAGCUCUUUCAGUGUCCAGCCUGUAGGGGAGGAGCCUGGUCUCUGGUGGAAGUGCUGAUCAGGUCUUGCCUUUUCAAUGAAGGUUUCUGUCAUCAAAUAUCAGAAAAUAUUGGUUCUAAGGUGGUCCAUCUUACAUUGCUCAAGUUUUUCUUUAAUUUACUUGAAAGUGAAGUACGGCAUUUGAGUCAAAAGUUGUGUGACUGGUCAGAUUCUCAGAGUCUAAAGGUAACAGAAAAAGCAAUUCUUCUUGAAAUCUUUUGGUCAGGAAGUGAAACUUCAGGACUUUUGACAAAACCAGUAAAUAUGCUUUUGGAAUGGACUAUAUAUUCUCACAAGGAAAGAUGCAAGUCUAAUGAUGUCUUCAAACAUGAGCUAGCUUACUUACUGACUGGGAUUCUUGGAGCAGCAAUAGAUUAUUGGAUCUUCCUUGGUAUUCAGAUGGGUAGAAAUGUGAUCCGACACAUGUCUGAUGACUUAGGAAGUUAUAUCUCCCUUUCCUGUGAUGAUUUUUCUUCACAAGAACUAGAGACCCUCAUUUGUUCUUUCUCAUCUUCCUGGCUUCAGAUGUUUGUUGCAGAAGCCAUCUUCAAGAAGCUGUGCUUACAGGGCCCCACCAGUGCCUGCGCCACCGGGCCGCUCUCUCUCCAGAAAAUAAUAGACUCCUAUUUGCCUGUUUUGGGAGAAAUGGACAUACAUAGGGCUGGAAAGAUGCAGUUGCCAAAAAAAAUCGGCCAGCGGCAUUGCCUAGAGUCUCAGAGAGCGUUACUAAUGCUGAAUGGCGCAAAGCAAAAACAAGCUGAAGGUCGGCCAGAAUUUCCAGAGUUGAACCGUGCUAAAUGUUCCUCGUCAUUGAAAAAAUUGAAGAAGAAGUCAGAAGGAGAAUUGUCAUGUUCCAAGGAGAAUUGCCCCUCUUUGAUUACAAAGAUGAAUUUUCACAAAACUAAUCUAAAAGGAGAAACAGCUCUGCAUAGAGCUUGCAUAAAAAACCAAGUGGAGAAAUUGAUUUUUCUUCUCUCUCUGCCAGGAAUAGACAUCAAUGUUAAAGACAAUGCUGGCUGGACGCCUUUGCAUGAAGCCUGUAACUAUGGCAACACAGUGUGUGUCCAGGAAAUUUUGCAACGUUGUCCAGAGGUAGAUCUGUUCACUCAAGUGGACGGGGUGACUCCUUUGCAUGAUGCACUGUCAAACGGACAUGUAGAAAUUGGCAAGCUGCUCCUACAGCACGGGGGCCCAGAGCUUUUACAGCAGAGGAACUCUAAGGGGGAGUUGCCCUUGGAUUAUGUGCUGUCGCCUAAAGACAAGGAAGAACUAUUUGCCAUCACCAAUAUAGACGAUACACUGGACAACUUUCACGCUCAGACACAGAAACGUUUCUAUCACCAGCAGCUUGAAUUUGGUUCAUUUUUACUUAGUAGGAUGUUGCUUAGUUUUUGUUCAAUAUUUGACUUAUCUUCGGAAUUCCUCCUAGCUUUCCAAGGGUUGGCUCAUCUGAGCGAGCUGCUUACAGCAUGCAGCAGUGACACAGAGCCCCCCAGUGCACACGCUGACUGGUUACUGGAUCUGUACGCUAGAAACACAGAGACAUUGAAGAGGCUCCCAGAUGUUCUUAAGGGAUUGCCAGCGAAGCUAAGUGGGAGUCCUGGAGUACACACUGAGGCCUUGUUGGUGACGCUGGAAAUGAUGUGUCGGUCAGUCACAGAGGUGUCAUGAGGCCAGAAAAUGCAAGUCAGAUUCUAAACAUGCAGCUUGCUUUGCCACUUAGGGUAGUCAUAGCUUUUGGACAAGGGACAGACUUACAGCAGGUCUUCACAGCCCUUAAAAACAUCUGCAGAACUAGAGUAUGGGCUCCCUCUCCAGUGCUCAGAGUUUAACUCAGAAAGAUACAGUAAUAAAAUGAAGUAGUUUUGUUGGGUAUAGAAUGCUUUUAUUAAUCUUUAAAAUACUUUGUUCUGAAAUAUUUAUUUAUAUUGUUUAUGCAGAAAAUUAAAUAUUUUUCAUAUCAAAAUGUCCUUUAAGCACUAUAGGUUUUAAAAUCAUGGUAAGGAUAUUCAUUAAAAUGUGUAUCUAUAUACUUGUGAAACUUGUUUCUCCUUUUUAGGCUAAUGUCUAAGAUGAACUUGCUUUUCUGUGUUUCUAAAAUAAACCUUUCUAGAAUUUUAAAUUAUAUUUAAUAAUCUUUGGUUUUUAAAUGCUACAAUAUAUACAGUUUUAACAGUUUAGUUCUUUGAACAGUUGUCGUUUAGCAGUGCAUGCAUGAAAUAUGUUUCUGUUCGCUUAACCAGUCUUUUAUCAGUGAAAAUGUUUUACCACGUAAGUUUUAUUAAAUAUUAUAAUUAAAAUUUACAAUUAAAUUGGCAGUGGAAUAAUGGGUCUGAGGUUAUCUGAAAUUUUAUUAUGUAGUAUGGAUUUGCAGAUUAGUGUUUCAGUUUUUUCCCUAGUAGUUUAUAACUUAAAAGACAGAGUGUGAAUAUUAACCACUUAAGAGAUUGGAAUUCCUUCACUGUUGGGAGGAAGUUACAUUGUGUUGUACAUGGGGAAAAGAAAUUACAACUUAAAUCUAGAUGUUAUGUAAUGUGAUUGCUGAUCCAAUAGCAAUUAAUGUGUUAGAGAAGCACUUCAGUUUUAUUUCACAAAUAGAUCUUUCAGCAAGAGACAGAUGCUCAAUGUCUUAAUCUCUCUGCUCUAAUAAAAAUCAAACUUCUGUAAGAUUUCAAAAUAGUUUUAUAUGCACUGUAAGAAAUAGCAUAAAAAUUUGUGUUUGUUAUUAAUCGCCAAAGUAUCAGGAAACAUGAGUAGUCCCUUGGGAGGCUGAGUUAGGGGAAUGGCUGUGAGUCUGUAGCCAGACUAGGCUACAGUGUGACUCUGUUAGAGAAGGACAACAAGAAAGAUGGGGCAGGGAGGAAGGAGGGAGAGGAAGAAAGGAACCAGGAAUAGUCACUUUAUCGCAUAAUGAAGGCACCUGGGAUAAUGCCGCUUCAUAAAUAACACAGACUUGAGCAUAGGCACAGGGUAAGUUAUAACUAAAUUACAAGGACAUUUUUUCUGUUUUGGUUUUCUUAUAUAUCAAAUGGAAGUCAUGUCAGGUGUCAUUGUCCCAAAAGAAUUGAGCUAAACUCUCACUUUGUAUGAUGCUUCAUAAACUUUCUUUCUACCAUUUCAUUUGCUAAUAAUGAGAUGCUAAAGCAAAAAGGAAGAUGCUAAUUGCUUGUUGACAGUAAGUGGUGGCGCACGCCUUUAAUCCCAGCACUCGGGAGGCAGAGGCAGGCGGAUCUCUGUGAGUUCGAGGCCAGCCUGGUCUCCAAAGCGAGUUCCAGGAAAGGCGCAAAGCUACACAGAGAAACCCUGUCUCGAAAAACAAAAAAAAAAAAAAAACAAAAAAAAAAUAUAAAUAGUAUCAUGAAACAAUAUUUAUUUAACUAUCGGCAUUGCAUAACAAGCUGUUGUCCCACAAGCCUUGAUGCCAUGGGCUGUAACACAUUCAGAUGCCUCCAAGAUGUCUUCCCGUAAGAAGGCAUUGUUUCAGAAGUCGGGUACUGGGUUCCAUGUCAACUUACUACUUCAGGAUUCCAGUAUUAUUUCUAUUAUUUCUUGUCUUUAUAUUUUAGAAACAGAAUUGGUGCCUUAACUCUAUCUUAGAGGUCAAAGAGGAAGAAAUUAUAAACACUUAAAAGUCCUGAAUCUUAACUUUUCACUGGAGACUUUUCAAAGUUGCAGCUGAAAACAAAGCUGAGUAAUACCAUUCUUUCUUGUAUCCUCCCAGACUCGAGGUCAGUGCCAUGGAACUGUUAAGGGGGUGGGGGGAAUCAAAUGAAAGCCCUUCCACAACAUGAAUAAAAAUCGGAGGGAAUUUUCUGGUGGAUGAGUCAGCUUUCCCCAGAGCAUUUUAGAAGGACCCUUUGAAUCUUCCUGUGUUCCUAAUUUUAGUUCCUUUGUAGAGAAUAAAGUGUUCUGUAGACAUAGAAAAUGACCAGGAAAAAAAUCGCUUCUUGUAGUAUAAAACAAUGGAAAAUGAAUUAUUGUAUUAAAUUCAACAUUUUUGAAAAGCUCCUGAGCACAAAGUGGUCUACUCUCAGGAGUUGGCGACAGGAGAAGGAAGGCUGAUAGAGCGGGAAGGUGGACCAGAGUUUAACGCUGUGCAUCUCCAUGUGUAAGGAAGGUUGGCCGACUGGGAAGGUGGACCAGAGUUUAACGCUGUGCAUCUCCAUGUGUUUUCUUAAGUGCUUUAGAGAGAAAUUAGUUUAGUGUUUCUGGGAUCUUUAGUAAGUGUGCCCUACUGACUCUGAUAGUGUAAUCAUUUGAUAAGUAUUACUUUGGCAAUUUUAUUUUUAGAAUAAAUAGGCAGUGGAUGGGCUUUUGAAGUCAUAGUGCUCAUUCUGAGACAAAUGUAAAUGCGUUAAUGCUAGAACACUUACAUAACUACUAGAAGAGUAUUUGCUGGCUCUUCUUGGUGCUGUUAUAGGAAAAUGAAAAGAAGUUACUGGUGGUCUGUGCAGCCCUCUGCCUGUGAUGAACUUGCUAAGAGCUGUCACUGCUACUCCCUCGUCAGGAGAAAGGAGUCGAAAACUCAGAAUGAUAGUUGUUUUUGUAUCAAAUGUGGAUUGAGUUUCCAGCCUUAUUGGAAAGUGCUUGUUUAAUGUUAGAACUGAACGUGGAGUAGUUAACUAUUGCAUGUAAAUUAGAUUAUGUUAUCCUACUGACGGAAGAUUUUGAGAGAAAUGUUUCAUAAGACUUUUUAAAUAUCAAUGAUCAUUAGACAGAUUACUCUGUUCUUCUGAUCUUGCAGAACAUAUAGAGCUAUAUGUUUAACCCCUGACCCUAGUUUAUGAGAACACAAGCAACCUAAACUGUAUUAUUUUUGUUUAUUAAGAUAAGAAGUUAUAUGAAUUCAUAGGAAGAAAAUUAUGUGAAAUUAUUUGAAUAAAAUCUUAGAGAUUUACAAAUAUAAUUGAUUAUCUUUUUUCAGAUUAUGGUCUGUUUGGGAGGUUUUUUUUAAUCUUAUAAGCUGUUUAUGAUGUGAUAUAUUUAAACACAUUGUACCUUUUAGUGCAGUUAUAAUACAAUUGAACUUACAUCAGACUAUUUUUAAAGGUUUGAACUGCAACCCUAAGUCCUAGAUAUGAGUGAUUUUUAAAAAAUAAUAAUGCUUUGCUGUUAAAGAUAUAACUAUUUGCAUCUCUUUAAAAUAAAUACAGUGAGCUCUUUCUUUCUGUAUUUAUAACUACUGACUUAUUAAUAAAAGCCAAAUGUGUUGUCAGAGAGACUAUUGAAAUAAUGAAAUAAUGAAAGAUGUGUAUUAUUUAUACAUACCAUGAAAGUAUUGGAAUAUAUUGCUUUUAACAGGUGUAGGCCCAAAAAGGCUCAUUAUUUAAGCAUCUAUGCAUUCUUCUGUUCAGUUAUAAUUGAAACACUAUGUCCUUGGUAAAUGCAAUCACCUUUCUUCUCAUGUUACCAAACUGCAUCAAAUAAACUUUGAUGUAUUACUAAUAAGUAGUAAUUAUUGAUGGGAAAUGGGUUAGUACUGUGGACUAUAAGAUUUAAUCCAUCAAAAAAAGAAGUUUAAAAUAUAUUUAGCACUUCCAGGGGAGGUUAUUUACACUUAAGUGGAAAUCUGGAAUCCAGCUUUGAAUUUACAUCUACCAUGCUUUCAUUUCUUCUGAUGGUAGAUGAACUAAAAGUGCUAGUAUUUCUCUAUUCUCUUGUUCCCAAGUGAAAUAGUCAUGUUGAGGGGGAAAUGGUUAACCUUAAAGUGGUGAGAGUGAGCUUGCUCCCAGUGACUUCCCAGCUUCACGGUCGGAUCAACAGUGGUUUCCGUCUGCAUGCAUGGUGAGAUUAUAACUCAUCUUUAGUUUUGUGGGGGUAGUGUUGGGUAUCUGCCUUUACCUUAAAUGUGAAUUUUUCUAGAUUGUUUCUCUUUUACAGCAGCCAUGAAAUUACUGAGCAUUAAGUAGAAUUUGAUAAAAUUAAGAUACGCAUUUUAAAAACUAGUUGUAAGAGUGAAACCUGAGCAAGGGGAUGAGGAGAAAUGAUUAGGGAAUGUCUGGUUUAAAGGAAUCAAGAAAGGAAAAUUUCUAAAUGUUGCUUAAUAUGCUGAUUGAAGUUACUGACUACAUAAAAUCAUACAGAAGGCAUAUAGACAGAUCUGAACUUGGAUAAGCUAUGCCCUUGGCAUUUUGAGCAAUUUUUAUAAGAUAAACCAAGGGUCUAGAUGAUGGUUUUGUAGAGUGCUUUUAUGGCUGAAAUCCAGUAAAAAUAAGUGAAGAAUGAAAAUGCCAGUUUAAUAGUAACAUUAAAAACUGUUCUGACUAGUGGCGUUCAGUGCUUUCCUCAGGGUUAGGUAAAUCUAAUUGUCUUAACUGAAAAUGUAGUAGUGAAACUUAGAAGUAAUUGUGUCAUUUUUCUCAUCACUACAGUUCUUAUAAAUUCCCUUCCAAAGGACCGUAAAUUCAUACUGAGACUGUCAUUGGAAUAAACUUAAAAAAUCCAUUUAUUAAAAGUUCUCAAAUGCCUUUUUCUUUCUUGACUGAUUUUAAUUUUGUGAUGAAAAAUAGCAGAUAUUUAAAUGUCAUUAGAGACUUUUCUCUAAAUUUCAUGGGGAAAAUAUUAUAAGUAAAUACAUUGUUAUUGGUAGUUAUGUUUAUGGUAGUUAAUAUUUUUCAUUUAUCUAACUUUUGCCUACUUGUUUUUUUUUAAGAAAUUUUUUAUUCAUUUUACAUACCAAUCAAAGUUCCCCCUCUUCCCUUCUCCCACCCCUCCAGCCUCCCCCUCUCAACCCACCCCCAUUCCCUCCUAUAAGAAGGUAAGGCUUCCCAUGGGGAGAUACAUUUAGUAUAGGCAGUUCCAAGCCCCUCCCCCUGCCUCAAGGCUAUGUGAGGUAUUCCAUUAUAGGUAGUGGGCUCCAAAAAGCCUGCCCGCACUAGGGAUGAAUUCUGAUCCUACUGCCAGCCCCAGGCCACCACCCCCCUACCUCCCACCCCCGCCCUCAAUCUUACACAGCUGUUUUGCUAUACAGAGAGCCUGGUCUAGUCCCAUGCAGGCUCCACAGCUGUUGAUCUAAAUUUCAUGAGUUCCCACUAGUUUGGUUUGGUUGUCUCUGUAAGUUUCCCCCAUCAUGAUCUUGAUGCCCCUUGCUCAUAGAAUCCCUCUUCUCUCUCUUCUACUGGACUCCUGGAUGUUUGGCUGUGUUUUUCUGCAUCUGCUUCCACCAGUUACUGGAGAAAGUCUCUAUGAUGACAGUUAGGGUAUUCAUGGGCAGUGGAUGGUACAGAUGGGGAAUGAAAACAAGGGAACCGGAGGUUUGAGCUGGAACAGGGAUAGAGUGGGAGAGCAAUGAAAGAGAUACCAUGAUAGAGGGAGACAUCAUGGGGAUAGGGAGAAACCGGGUGCUAGGGAAGUUCCCAGGAAUCCCCAAGGAUGACCCCAGCUUAGACUAUUAUCAAUAGUGGAGAAGGGGGAGGACAGGGGAGUCCCUGGCUGAUAUGUAAAAUUAAAUUAAAUUAUAAAAUAAAAAAUAAAAAAAAAUAGUGGAGAAGGGUGCCUGAACUGGCUUACCCCAGUAAUCAGAUCGGAGAGUACCCUAACUAGCCUACUUAUUUUAAAGUGAUGCUCCUAAUUGAGUCUUUUUACAUUUGUAUACUUUGUGUGUAUUUGAGUGUUUGGGGGGGGGCAUGCAUGCCAUGGCAGGCACAUGGAUGUUAGAGGACAACCCUUGGGAAUCAGUUAUCUCAUUUCAGCACAUGGGUCCUGGGGACUGGACUUAGGGCAGCAGGUUUGGUAGUGGUUGUCUCUACCCACUGAGCCAUCUUGCUAGCCCAAGAAUUGAUCUUGAAAUGCUUUUACAAUAGGCUAAUUUUAAACUUGCAUGUCCUCCAUUUUUAAAAAAUAUCUAGAUCUUUCAAAUUUGCCACUUAUCUUCAAAGUAGGCUCUAAUUGCUAUCAUCCAUUGCAGACCUUAAGUAGCUCAGUUGUCCAAUGGAUUUCCUUGAGAGUGAGUCUGACAGACAGCUCACCUUAAGUUACCUUUAGUCUCCUGCUGUUUAGACCUCACUAAUGUUCAGUUGAAGAUUACUCAGUGCUCUUCAGAGGUAGCCUUAGCUUGCUAAAUAUCCAACUUUGGGAGGGGUACUCAUAACAUAUAACCCAUUUUUUUAAUUUUAUAUUGUAUGUGUUGAUGGAACUAGUUAGUUAUGUGCUUUCUGAAGAGUCUUUUCAUAUUUAACACUGAGGAAGUUGUGAGUUUGAGUGGUAAUUGUCUUAAUUGGUCUAUAAAAUGGAAAACCAACCAUGUAACUUAUUUACAGCUGGAAGGCAGAUAGACCUAGCUGUCUACUGAGAGGAUUCAAGGGUUACUUGCCAUUGCUCUCUAGGGCACGCUGUUAACAUGCACUGCAGGAUGAAGGCCUGCAGUGUAAUGCUUUAGUUAAUCUCCAAAUGCAGAGGAAAACCACAGCUAUUUUUUUUUUUUGAAAAGUAACAAAAGGCAACUAUAACAGCCAGGAAGUAUUGAUAAAUCUGUUUUGGUGGAAGAGUUUUUUGGCUGCCAAAUAAAAGUAUUCUUGAAUUAGCAUCAUAAUGUACAAGAAUAAAUGAUACAUACUUGAUUAUGAAUUGGUGUGUCUGGUCCUUCGUUAUGUGAAUAAAUGCAAAAUGGUUUGUGCUUACUCCUAUCUCCACCAAAAAACAAAACAAAAAAGUGCUGGUGAUUGUUUUUUUCCUAUUAUUUUAAAAAUACUUUUUUUCAAUACAAGGAUCGAAGCUCGGCCUGACACUGAGGAGGCAUGCCGUCUACCCUAGAGCAGUAGUCUCAACCUCCAAGCCACCUCCCCCUUUGAAACAUCCAAUAGGGACAUUUGAAAUAUCAAGGAACAUCAAACAAAUUAAAGUGGAAAUGUAAAUUGGGGGGAGAGGAGCGGGGAGCUUCUUCAAAUGAGUUUGGGCAUUUGACAUUUCCAGAUAGGUUCUGUGUGCCUCAGAAUUCUAGGACAAUUGUAAAAGCAUAUUACCCUGCAAAUUUGGUUAGAAAUUGGGGUUACCUACUCCUGUGUACAAUAGUAAUGACAAAAUCACAAGCAUGUCCCUUUGUGUAACAGAAAACAAAGUUGUAUUUUGCAAAAUUUACCUAAGAUGGGCUACACAUACAUUUUUGGUUUAUAAUUAUUGGAAUCACUAGUGUAUAAGGAAGAAUAUUUUAUGGGGAAUUUAGUUAUAUGGAUUUUGUUUCUCUGGUGGCUGUAAAAAGGCAUCUUGAGAAAAAAAAAAAUGGCAUUUCCUUCCCCUGCCUUCCUUCUGUGAUCCAGCUGUCUUUGUGAAAACUAAGGUGCUUCCUGUAAUGCAAAACACAAUUAAAAACUGUUGGAACAGCGACGUGUGCUCCUUUCUGUACAGAUUUAGCUUUUCUUCCAUACCUGUCACCACUAGAACCCAGGCACAAUACAAUCCUGUAACUUGAUUGAAGCCAAUUCGAAGCUAGCCUUUGACCUCAAGAUUGAGCCUACGUUAACUUUCCUCACUAGUAGUAGUCACAGCUCCCUCCAGCCAGAGCUCAGGCUUUCCUCAAAUCAGUCUUCCUGAGAAGUAGUGUGGUUUGUCACUGGCUCAAUUUGAUCACUUUUCCCUUUGAGGGAACACGGAAAAAUACAGAGUAGGGAAGACCUUUAUUGCCCUUAUUUUGAUACAUAUUGAGAACACAUUGACGUAGCUAUUCAACUAAAACUCUCUGUCCAAAACAAUAAGCCUAUUUAUUGAUGAGCACAGAAUAUUGAGUACCAUUCUGUUGCCUUUUUAAAAAUAUAGUCCUGGGACUGAAGACUCAGCAGUUAAAAGCACUUAACUGUUCUUGGAGAGGACCUAAGUUGAUUCUCAGCAGCACAUAAUCUGAAACUCCAUUUCCAGGGGAUCCGGUGCCCUCUUUGGCCUCUGUGGGCAUUAUAUGCAUAGUACACUUUUCAUACACACAAACAAGCACUUGUACAUAUAAAAUAAUAAAAUCUUGUUUUAAAUACCUUUUCCACUUCAUUCAAAGAUAUACAGAACUAUCUUUUUAAAUUGUUUUAACAAAAAUACUGUUUGUGUAAUACAACACUUUGGGGAUUUUUAUAGAUUUGUUUAGCUUUUAUAUUGUUUUCAGCUUAGAAUGAAAAUUUGAACAAGUAGAAAUUAGAGACCAAUUAUAUAUUUAGUUGCCUCAUUUUGUGUUUUUUGUUUUUAGAUGUUUUGUUUUUCUUUUCCUCCUUUUAAACCAGAACCCUGAAAAAAAUGCAGAUGGAUUCCAGCAAACCUGUCUACUUUGGGCAUUAAUAAACGGGUUCCAACAUAGAGAUUGUCUCGGUGUGUUUGAAGCCUCACAUUCAGCUAGAGUAGCUUCUCAUGUGACUACUGUUACACUAGUUGCCAUUGGAUGAAUGUGGAAAAUGAGUAUAAAGUUCUCACAACAAAAGAAGGGGAGUACUUUCUGCUGUAUUGUUUCAGUGAGUUACAGCAAUCAUCCUUGGAAAGGGAAUUAGACAUUUUUUAUUAUAUUUAGGUGGUUUUAAUUCAACUGAGCAGUUAGAAAAGACUGACUCCACAUCCUCUAAUCAGACCAGUGACUAAACAUCUGUGCACACACACCUUUCCAAACCCCCAAACGCAAGCAUGCUUUCAUUUAGUGAGAGCUGAGCCUUUUUGUUACAAGUGUAAUACUGGCUGGCUUGUAUUUGAAUUCACCGAGUGCUUUAUACUCUUGUUUUUUUUUUUUGGUUUUUCGAGACAGGGUUUCUCUGUGUAGCUUUGCGCCUUUCCUGGAACUCACUUGGUAGUCCAGGCUGGCCUCGAACUCACAGAGAUCCGCCUGGCUCUGCCUCCCGAGUGCUGGGAUUAGAGGCGUGUGCCACCACCGCCCGGCCUAUACUCUUGUUUUUAAGCUGAGCACCAAAGCACUACUACUCAAAAGCAUUGUAAGCAGUCAGGCUUGCUUAAGUUUCUAAAUACAUUAUAGCCUUGGAAUAAGGCUUGCUAUUUUUUGGUUUCAAUGUUGGACAUUUUUGGAUUUUGACAUCAAAGUGGGAAGUUCCUGUGGCCCUUAGAAUUUAACUGCUUAAGUUCAUCACUGACCUGCUCAUCCCAGCACUUGGGAGGCUGAUUGCAAGUAGAGGCCAGAGUCUUGUUAAAACUUAAGGAAACUUAUAAAAAGUUACUUCCAUAAACAUACCAUUUAAAUUUAUCUGUUUACAAACUCCAAAUUUGGUUUGAAUAUACUAUCAAUAUACACAUACACUAUAAUUGCCCUUCUCAGAGUUAUACAGUAGGUAUACAAUAAAUGUAUCACAAGUCAUGUAAAAAAUUAUCCUAGUGCCUUGAACCCCUACCUCUCAAGAACCUCUCAGUUUGAGUCUGUAACAUUAGCAAAAUGAACUAUUAGGUAACAAUAUGUUAAAGUGUGUUAAAAAGUUACAGAAUAGUGAGAUGUCUCAAUUAUCCCAAUUAAUGGUGGCAGAAUUCUUUCUCUGUAAAGAAUUAUAAACAUCUACCCCUUGUUAAAUGAUCUCAACGACAAACCCAAGCAUCCCACCAAAGUUCAGCCUGGUGAACCAAUGAGUUUAUCAGGGUAACUAUCAGGUGAGUGAGGGGUCAUCUAUAGGGGUACGGAUGACCCCAAAGCAAUCACUGGGAAUUCUUGACCAGUAUGAGUUAUGGUCUCCCCACUGCUGCAUAGAUGUAGCCCCUUUCUAAGUAACAUACCCCCACCUGUGCACUCCAGUACCUCUUUAAGGCCACAUGUAAUUAGGGCAGAAAUGCAUCCAAACAGCUGGAAUCUCAGGCCCACUGGCCCUCUAUACCCACUCCUUUUAUGAGGGUCAACUGCAGGCAUGACUGUGAUGGUCUUUUAUAAGCAGGCACAGUUGAUCUAACGAAGAUGGCAGUUGUUUUGCCCAGAGGACAGCAUUCUACAACAGUGGCUAUAAUUUGUAAUGUCAAUAGAGACUGUUAAGCAGUUUACAAUGUCUGUUAAAUUUAGCAAUGCAAAUAGAUGUUGAGCCACAUUCAGUCUCUUCAUAUAACUUAGAAUAUUUGCUUCAGAUAUCUCUGAAAACAAGUGGAUUUCUGAGUUCAAGGCCAGCCUGGUCUACAGAGUGGGUUCCAGGACAGCCAGGGCUACACAGAAAAACCCUGUCUCAGGGAAAAAAAAAAAAUCUAAUCGGUGGUUGGGAAUUUAG